GCCAUCUUCGUCUCUUUCUACAUUGAGUACUUUCUCUCUUAUCUUUCAUCCUUUUGCUUCCUGUUAUAUACAACCCUAAACUUUUCGUCUCUUUUCCAUUUCCCUGCAAAAAAAACUAAUCCGAAAGUGACCGCAUAUCAGCAAAAAAACCAACGAAAAAUUCAGAAAAGGGUCAUACUUCAAGAAAUCAUGAGGAACCCAAGUUUGUUAGGUACAUCAACAACAAGCAAGAGCACACCAUGUUGCAGCAAAGUAGGGAUAAAGAGAGGGCCAUGGACGCCGGAAGAAGAUGAAGUCUUAGCCAACUAUAUCAAAAGAGAAGGCGAAGGAAGGUGGCGGACGCUGCCUAAACGAGCUGGAUUGCUUAGAUGUGGCAAGAGUUGUCGUCUCCGGUGGAUGAAUUAUCUCCGACCAUCUGUUAAACGAGGUCGUAUUGCUCCUGAUGAAGAAGAUCUCAUUCUUCGGCUUCACCGCUUGCUAGGAAACAGAUGGUCUUUGAUAGCUGGGAGGAUUCCAGGGCGUACAGAUAAUGAAAUAAAGAACUACUGGAACACCCAUCUGAGCAAGAAGCUAAUCAGUCAAGGAAUAGAUCCAAGAACCCAUAAACCACUGAACCUUGUUAGCCAUGCUUCAUCACAGGCUAACCAUGAUCCUGUCCCAAAAUCACACCCUAACCCCCCACACUCUAAUUCUUCCGAAUUAGGAGAAAAAUCUAUUACCAUUACUACCCAAGAUUUUAAACCAACUAACCAGGAAAAUCAUCAGCAAUAUCAAAGCCAACAUGUUGUUGAUAAUAGUAUGGCAAAUUGGUAUAAUGCUGAGGGUGCUAGUGCUACUCAUAUCAUGGGGCAACCGAGCAGCAGCCAUGGAAAUGAAGGAGAUUAUAUUGAAAACUACAAUGAAGAUAUGUUCUCUUCAUUUCUGGAUUCUCUGAUUAAUGACAAUUACUUGUUUGUCAAUCAGCAGCAACAGCCGCAGCCGCAGCCGCAACCUAAUAAUGUGGUAGCAGAUGCAGCAUCUGCUGAUCAGAACUUCAUGAGUCAUGGCAACAUUUGGGAAGCUGAAAUCAUGUCUUCAAUGGUUCCCUUUGGGAACGAGCAAAACUCUUUCAACAAUCAUCACCAGCAUCACCGGCCUUAGCAAAGUUACAAAUUUAUAGAUGCAUAUUGAAAUUAGAUGGUUUUGAUUACCCUAUCAUUUUUAAAGGAAAAAGAAAUAGAAAUGAUAGGUUUCAUUAUAGUUUUAUGCAUUGUGAUUUUUUUUUUUCCUUUCAUUUCUUGGGUUGUGUUAAUGUUAUGCGUAGAACUCUUUGUUGUAAGGAAGCAUUGUUUUUACUUGUAUGGUUGCACCUAAAUGCAAUUAAUUAUUUUUAGUGUCUAAUUAAAAUGUAUCAGCCCUUAAUUCUAUAAUCUUCUA